AAGACAGAAGAACUCUCAUUUCGCAGACAUUGAAUGCAAUAAGGCUUUUAUUUACUACAUGCAUUCCAAUGUGAGGUGUAUCUUACAGUGUCACUCUCGUGGAUCAGUUCCAUAACAUACGCAAACAUGUCUCCCACACUAAGGCCACUGCAACCAAAGCCCUUGUCAAGUAUAGUUGAUUGUGUAGGUUAUCAAAUGAACACUUAUUGCCUAGCAAUACUCAAACGUGAUUUAAGCCAAGUGAGUUUUAAGACUCAGUUGUAUAUAAUAGCAUUAUACACUGCACUUAACACAUUACAUUUAUAUGACAAGUGCUUUAACCAUCAACUCAUGGUUAUCAUCUAUGUGUCCUUUUGUUGUCAGUUCCACGCUAUAGGAUGUCCGAUACAAGCCGAGGAUCUGGAUAUGUGGACAACUGGCAGGCUGGGAAGACUGUCACAGAGUGUAAUUUGCGCAUGCUCGACACGGAAGACUUAAGUGACGUCACCUUCCUUGUUGGGUCAGAGAAACAGGUGGUCCGAGCUCACCGCUACGUUCUUGUCAGUCGCAGCUGUGUCUUCCAUGCCAUGUUCUGUGGCCCCCUGGCGGAGACAGGGGAGGUAAUCAUCUCUGACAUUGAGGCAGACAUCUUCAAAGAGUUCUUAAGGUAUGUGUACACAGACAAGGCCACUAUCAAUGCUGAAACAGUCACAGGACUAAUGUACACCUCCAGGAAAUUUUCUCUGGAUGCAUUGUUCAAUCUGUGUGUAACGUUCCUGGAACAGUCCCUGUCAGAAGACAAUGUCUGCCAGAUCCUGGAGGAGUGUCAUGGUUACGGGGAGCUGGACCUGAAACAGAAGGCGUUGAAGCUUCUUACACAAGGAGGGAAGAAAGUCAUCCAAUCUCCCGGGUUUGUGAAACUUUGCUCCGAUUGUAUGAAUAAGUUUGUUAGGUCAGACGGUUUAUAUUUGAAAGAGGAAGACGUAUUUGACGCAGUGCUGUCCUGGACAAAGGAAAGAUGCCGGAAGGAAGGUGGGAGUGACACGCCUGAGAACAUACGGAGACUCAUGGGAGAUAUGAGGUAUGAGAUCCGGUUUACCAGCAUCCCCCUGGAGUAUCUGGUGAAGGUUGUAGGGAGAUCAGGUGUGCUGACAGGGGAUGAGAGAUUACGAAUAAUGGACAGAGCUAUGGACUCAAAUGUUGACAUAUCUCCGUUUAAACAUUCACAUAGAAAGGCUGACAGUAUUAUUCACGGGCAACGGAAGGCAUCCUGUGCAAGUGUCAAUAGGUUUUCCUCUUUGAGUCCCUUUUCGAUGUCGGCUAAUGGGGAUAAUGCUAUCGCCUUCUCACCUAAUCAGAGCAUUUUCCUACAAGGUUGUCAACUGUAUAGUAGAAAUGAUGAUACAUAUAAACUGACAAUCAGAGUGUAUGACGCCAAUAACGUGCUGAUUGAUGAACUGUUCCAGAACACCAGGAUGACGCUUAAUGGCAGGAAGAUUUUGAAUGACGUCCUGUUUCCGAGAUAUCUGUCCCUCACAGCAGGUGCGACCUAUACUCUGUGUGUGAACAUGGAGGGACCUCACACCAUCUGUGGUGUGGGAGGAAAGGAUACAGUAACAGUAGAUGGAGUACAGUUCACAUUUACAGACUCUCCAAUGUCAACUACAGACACAUCAACAACUAGGGGACAGAUACCUGGCUUGAUAUUCAGUCUCCCGUCAUAGGGAGUGUAUCAGGUGUGCCUUGCUGUGACGCUGUGGUAGAAUCUGAUUUCAUUCAAUCACCCCCAUUAAGCAAGUAAAUUGCUCAUAUUUCUAUACACAGAGGAUUAACGUGAAGGGAUCAUGGUGUUUUAAUCCAGUUGGACGUGGGUAUAGACGGGAGUUCAAGGUACACCACAGCCAAGUCUUAUAGAUAUAAACUGUCAGAUAUAUGUAAAACUACCGGUCUAUAUACAGCCAGUUCUUAUAAACAUAAACUGUUAGUUAUAUGUAAAGCUACUGGUCUAUAUACAGCCAUUGGACGAGUAGACGAAGACAAGAACAUUGGGACCCCAACCUGUAAAACAUUGCAGCCUUCUGUUCAGCAAGAGCAGAGCUGUUUCCCUUUUUAUAGGUUUUACGGCACGUGAGUUUGACCUUGUAUUUUCUGAUAUUCAUUGGUCACUUUACAGUUUUCAUUUAUGUGUGUCAUUAAUUAUACUGUCACGACGUUGACAGUAACCUCCACGGAAGAAAGCAAAGCAACAAAGUAGGAGCCUGAGAAGAGCGAUAUCUUCAUCCAGCAUCUAGACAUGUGUUUUGUUGAACAUCUGUGUAAACAACUAAGUUCCUUUAAGGUUCCAGUGUCGAACAAUUGUAGGACUCUUUUACAGAAUCGAAUGAUUAUAAAGAAGAGGAUGUAAGCCUAGAUUUGUUUCAGUCAAAAGGUGUAAAUUGUUAGAUUGGCAUAUUGGUGAAGAUGACAUAACCUCAGCCGUAACAGGUUACGUUAUAACACAGCUUGUGGACUUGAUGGAAUAUUCACUGAGUACAUCAAGUCUAGUGUCAAGGUAAAGAUGCCUGUAUACCUGAAGUUAUUUAAUCUUUUCGUAAAUUGUGGUACUUAACCUGAAUCAUGGCUUGCUAGCAGUGAGGCCUGUUUUGGGUUAAUUUAACUAUAGUAUUGUGGGACAUGGGUUUGACCUUGCAUCAUCUGAUAUUCAUUGGUCACGUUACAGUUUUCAUUUAUGUGUGUCAUUAAUUAUACUGAGAGCACUGGACACGAACACGAUGUUGAGAGUAACUUCCACGGAAGAAAGCGAAACAACAAAGUAGGAGCCUAAGUAAGAGCGAUAUCUUCAUCCAGCAUCUGGACAUGUGUUUUGUUGAACAUCUGUUUAAAAGGUAUAAUCACAUGAAAUCCAACUGGCUUACAAUGUACCAUAUAUAUUAAGCUCACCCAUAAUGCAGACUACGUUACAUGUGAGUCAAUUGAUAAAAUCCAAUUGACAUUACUUCCAUGUUUCUGAAAACAUGUCAGAGAGAUGAAUGUUGAUAUAUAUUUUGAAAUGAAUGUUCCUUAACGUUCCUAAACACUAAGCUCAUUCUUCCUAUAGUAUUUGCCUGCACUGCUUCCAACAUAAUGACGUCUGCAGUUUGCUAUUUUGUUCGUGGUUUGGAUUCGUGACUGAUGCUUCAGUGCAAGAAGGUCGUGACGUAAGUUUUCCCCAAGUCACUCACAAUAGCUGAGGUAAUAGAUUUCCUGGUCCCUGUUUUAUUAAUCAUUUUCUUCCUGGAUAUACAUCUGAAUUAGAUAUAUCAUAAUAGUGCUGUGUGAUCCUGUGUGUGUACUGCUUGUCAAUAAAC